AUGAGCUCUCAGGGCUGGACUCCUGGAAGUCUUCUGGGAGCAAAGGAUGCCGCGCACGCCAAUCUCUUGACCGCCGCCAGCGCUUCCCAUAUCAAGGUCACCCUCAAGGACGAUAAUCUCGGAUUGGGUGCUCGUAUUGGACGAGAGUGCGAGCCGACUGGACUUGAUGCCUUCAAAGGAUUGCUUGGUCGACUCAAUGGAAAGAGCGAAGUGGAACUCAAGAAGGAUGAACGAAAGCGCGAUGACGUUCGAUUGGCUCGUUAUGCUGCCCUGAAAUUCCCGGAAGUCAGGUUCGUCAGCGGGGGGCUGUUGGUACAGGAAAAGGAACCCGAGAUUCCUCCGCCAAUCACCCAGGACGCGACACAGAAGAAAUCUAAAUCAGACAAGAAAGAAAGCACAAAGACCACCGAGGACGACGAAACCUCUUCGAGCGAAUCGGAUGCCCCAGACCGCAAAUCCAAGUCCGAGUCUAAAUCCAAAUCAAAGUCCAAGUCCAAAUCAAAAUCAAAAUCAAAAUCAAAAUCCAAGAGGUCGCGCUCUCGAGACGAAACCGAUGGCAAUGAAUCAAGCUCGGAAUCAAAGAAGAAAAAGAAGUCCAAGAAGAGAAAGGCUGAUUCCGAGCAGAGCGAUUCUUCAGACAAGACAUCUGAACCGGAAGUCAAGGUAGCAGCAACAAUAUCCAGGGAGCGGCGGCCGAUGGGACGGAAAUGUUACUCGGUCACGCCAUAUCGCCCAGAAAAAGAGAGCCAUUAUGGACGACAAGUCUCUCAACGAGAUCUUCAUGAUCAAAGCAUAGAGUUUAUGCAAAUCUGCAUCUGA